AUGCCUUUCGGAUUGACGAAUGCCCCAGCUACUUUCAUGGACUUGAUGAAUCGUAUCUUUCGUACGUAUCUUGAUCGUUUUGUGGUUGUAUUCGUCGAUGACAUCCUUAUUUACUCGCCUACGGAGGAGGAACACCAAUCACAUCUUACCAUUGUUCUUGAACUCUUGAGAGAGCACCAAUUAUCCGCUAAACUUAGUAAGUGUGAGUCUUGGUUGUCCGAGGUCAAAUUUUUGGGUCACAUGGUUUCGAAAGGUGGAGUGUCCAUUGAUCUGGGGAAGAUAGAGACCGUUAUGAAUUGGCAACGACCAAAGAACGUGUUUGAAAUCCGUAGUUUCUUGGGUUUGGCCGGGUACUACCACCGUUUUGUUCUUGACUUCUCUCAUUUAAUGGCACCAAUGACUAGAUUAACUCGUAAGGGGACUCGUUUUGUUUGGAAUGACUCGUGUGAGGUGGCUUUUGAGGAAUUGAAGAGGAGGUUGACUAUUGCACCGGUUUUGAUUGUGCCUGAACGUAGAGUUGUCUACUCCGUAUAUUGUGAUGCAUCUAAGGAGGGAUAG